AAAUUUAAUUUUUUAAAAAAUAAAUUUAAACUAAAAAAUAAUAAUUUAUAAAUUGAAUAAAGCAUAUUAGAUAGUUAUCAAUCUUCUUUAGAAUAGAAAAUAAGAAAUAAAAUUCAAUCGUGCCAGCUGAGAUCAGGACCCGCAACUCAAGACCUCUCUGGUAGAAGGCAUAGAGCCUAAUCACUACACCACCAUUGAGAUAAGUCUGGAAACUUUGCUAGUUUAAAAAUAAAUGAACUGAAAUUUUAAUGGGGCAAAUUAGGUGUCUAAUUUUGUUUUGAUAGGAAUUUUUGAGAUGUGUACUUCCCUUGUUAGUCUAAUUUUUAUGUCUGUAAUUUUCACCAUUACAAAAGCUUGUUUAUAAAACCAAUCAGAUUUCUCUUUAUAUAAUAAUGUCUCUGCAUGCUAUAAACUGUCUUAUUUUAACUAAGCAAAGUUUAUAUUUUUAGAGAAUAUACUUAAGAUGUGUACAGAUUAUAAUCUUUAGUAACGGAGCCUGAUGCAAAGAAAGCUGAAGUUAUUAAGCAAGUGGAUCAUCCUUUCCUAAUCAGUUUAACGUAUCCAGGAAUGCAAUAUUUACCUCAAUUGGGUUAUGCUAAAAGAAUUCAUCUAAUGAAUCCAAUGGUGCCUGGACUUACUGGUGGAAAAAUGAGUCCCUCUUUAGAAGAUUCAGGAAUAGACUUAUUCGAUAAUCCCUCUACUGUUAAGAAGAAGCUUAAAAAGGCAUUUUGUGAACCUGGUAAUUUAGAAGAUAAUGGAGUUCUGGCUUUUGUAAAACAUGUGCUACUCUUCAAAGAUGAAGAAGGAAAAAGUGUCACCACUGAUACUCCUAUUUCCCCUGCAAGACUAGACAUGCGAGUAGGAAAAAUAGUUUAAAUUCAAAA